CUGUGAGGUUUUUUGUGGCGACACUGAACUGAAGCCUGCGAAGAGAAGAGUUGAGUUAGUUUUUGGACUCCCUGGGUCUCGUUUCUUCAGCUUCGUCGCACGUAUUCGUCCGUCUUGGCUAGUUAUCGCCGGACCAGCUUACUUUAAGAUUUACAUCAGACUAAAGCGAGCGACUUCCGAUGCUUGCGUUAUUUUGGGGAGGUUUUACAACAUCCAUAGCCUGCUAGAAAUCACUGGCGCGGCGCACGGAGGGCGAGUCUGUCUGGAACAGGCGAGCGGUUUGACGCCUCUGCUCCAUGUCGGAUCCGAAUUCGGAUCAGAGUUCAGACGAAGAUGUGGACCCCGAAUCGGAGCGAGCGGACGAGCUCGGCGGGACCCUUAGUAAAUGGACCAACUACAUCCACGGGUGGCAGGAGCGCUGGCUCGUGCUGAGGAACAACACGCUGAGCUACUACAAGUCUGCGCACGAGCGGCAGUACGGGUGCAGGGGCGCGCUCUGCCUCAGCAAAGCUGUCGUCACACCCCACGAGUUUGAUGAAUGCCGCUUUGACAUCAGCGUGAACGACAGCAUUUGGUACUUAAGGGCCGAAGAUCCUGAACUCCGGCAACAGUGGGUUGAUACCAUCGAACAUCACAAGGCUGAGUCAGGCUAUGGUUCAGAAAGCAGUCUGAAACACCAUGGUUCAACACUGUCACUCAUCUCUGCAACCAGUGGCCUCUCUUCCACCUCUGCGUCAUCCUUCAGGAAGGGCCACAGUCUGCAGGAGAAGGUUGCCGAGAUGGAGACCUUUCGGGACAUUCUGUGCAGACAAGUGGACACGCUACAGACCUACUUCGACAGCUGUGUGAGUGGACACCACAGAGAGGAGCUCCAGAAAGACAAAGUUAAGGACGGCGACGAUGAUGAUGAUGACGAUGAUUCCCCAAUCUCACGAACAGAUGGAGACUACCUACUCGACGACAGCUGCAAGGAAAAAUUAUUCCCCGUGGCCAGUCCCAGAGGACCCGCUGGCAUUGAUUUCAAAGGGGAAGCCAUCGCUUUCAAAGCCACCACUGCAGGGAUCUUCUCCACACUGUCCCACUGCAUCGAGACCAUGGUCAAGCGGGAGGAGCGCUGGCAGAGACGACUGGAGAAAGAAAUGGAGCGAAGGCGACGAGUAGAAGAAUCUUAUAAAUUGGUCUUAAUGGACCUGAACAAAAAGUCUCAAUACGGAGGGCCAGAUUAUGAAGAGGGUCCAAAUAGCCUCAUCAACGAAGACGAGUUCUAUGAUGCUGUCGAGGCAGCAUUGGAUCAGCAGGACAGGAUUGAGGAGGAGUCUGAGAAGUGCCGGAGCCCUCGUCCAGUCGCGCUCAGCCCUGAUUCCGAUUCCUCCGCUGGUACUCACAGAUACUCCACCGAGGUGGAUGAGAUGGUGCACAGUCACAUGACCCACUCAUUACAGGACGUAGGCGGAGACGCCAACUGGCAGCUCAUCACUGAGGAGGGAGACCUGAGGGUGUACAGGAGAGAGGUGGAGGAGAAUGGUGUUGUUUUGGACCCUCUUAAAGCCACUCAUGUGGUUAGUGGGGUCACAGGUCAUGAGGUGUGCCAUUACUUUUGGGACACAACCUUCCGGAGUGACUGGGAGACAAAUGUUGAAAGCUUUACUGUGGCAGAGCCAUUGUCAGACACGGCAGUAAUUAUUUACCAGACUCAAAAGAGGGUGUGGCCUGCUUCCCAAAGAGACAUCCUUUAUCUCUCAGUGAUCCAGCGAAUGCUCUCUGCCAACGAGAGCGAGCCAGAAACGUGGCUCGUUUGCAACUUCUCAGUAGAUCAUGACAGUUAUCCACCCACUAGUAGGUGUAUCCGUGCCAAAAUCAAUGUGGCCAUGAUCUGUCAAACACUAGUCAGUCCACCAAAGGGCAACAAGGAGAUGAUCAGAGACGACAUCCUGUGUAAAAUAACAUAUGUAGCCAAUGUGAAUCCAGGAGGGUGGGCACCAGCGUCGGUCUUACGGGCAGUGGCUAGACGAGAGUAUCCUAAAUUCUUGAAACGUUUCACGUCAUAUGUUCAAGAGAAAACCAGCAGGCAAGCAAUCCUCUUUUAAACAGGGGUCAUCAGUGUCUUUUCUGUUGAACAACAGCUCAGCAUUACAUUGCAAUAUCAGUUAACAAAGCUUAGAAGUUCUUUUGCGUUGUGGUAUCCGCCAGCCUACCAUAAAAGCAUGUAUGCAAGUGGCCUUAUCCAUUCAUAAAACAUCCUAAAUCAUAAUACUGAGGUAGCCUGUUGAACAGCUUAAGAAAACUGCAUUACUCAGAAAUCAUUAAAAGCGAAUGUUAUGACACCGUGUUCUGCGUAUUAGAAAUGUCAUACAGACAGAAAUAAAAUGGGGGGAAAGUAGCUACCUUAUGGUGUGUGGACACUAAAAGACUCUUCCCGAGAGACUGGAACAAGUAUUUCACCAGAAGACCACAGCCUGUGUUGUUUUCAACAGCGAUUACAUGUACUACAUUUUCGGAGUCUUUACUCAUUUUGUGGGGAUAGAUGCUGCUUAUAUUUUGUCUGGUUUGGUUUUAAUAAUUGUUGAAGUGUUUACUUAUGGUAUGGUUAAUGUUUUGUAUUCGUAAUUAUUGCAGAUGGCUAAACUGUUUUGUUCUCUUUAUGAAAAAUAAACACUUUGAACUUGAAAGCCUUAAUGAAAAACCUUCAGUUACAGCUGAGGUGUCUUUCUGGCCUUGAUCUUUAUUGCCUCUUUGUGGUGGCAUUUCUUUGAUUUGAUGGACAGAAAAGGUAAAAAGCUUUUAACUUUUUUUAGUCCUUUUGUAUCCUGUGUCUUGUGUACAAAUGUGAAAGAUAAUGGGUUGAAAAUGACCCUAAUUGUUGCUCAGAUUUCAAGAAUUUCAUUCAGGUUGAAUAAAGUUACAGCAUAGAUUAACUGGUUUGCCAGAGAGACUGAUUUAGGUAAAACGGUCUUAUAAAGGUGGUUUUCCUUGGUAGAACAUUUCACAGAAUUAUAAGGAACUGCUUUCUUUUGCACAUUCACAAUGUGGAUAAGCCUCUUUAUCAUUCCUAAACCAUAAAAUAUUUAUCUAGAAGUGUGGGAGCAAUGUGUAAUCUAUUGGGAUCCGAUGUAAUAAAUUGUCUUUAUUUAGUCAAAUCUUAAAUUGAAAGAAUGAGAAUUGCCUUAUGCAUCUACACCACACAAGAUGGUCCCUUGCUCUGUUCUACCAUUGCUGUAGUCAGCUGACAUUUGCUACAACUACCAGUUAAGUGUUGUAUCUUUGAGAUUUUUCUGCAUUAGAUAUAGAAGGACACAUUUGAAGAGAUUAUACAAAUGUUAUUGUGCUCGUCAAGAGGUAACUGACAUUUGACAGAAUGCAUUUUGGAGAAUUUCAUUUGUAAAUAUGCAGUAAUCUGAUUCUGGUUUGUUUGAUUUAAAAAAAAUGUUUUGUAUAUAAUACUCUGGAAUGAUUAAACUAUAUAAAUGUCUGGAUCAAGAA